ACACUGCCUGCGUGGGGCCCACCCUCCGGUAAAACUCUCAUCUCCCCGGGCCUCAGGCUGUCGCCGCCGGCAGCUCGCCAGGAGCCCCGCAAGGCGUCCGCCGUCAGCCGCGCGCGGAGCGGCCCGACAGGUCUGUGUAUGAUGACCAACCAAAUGCACACAAGAAGUUUAUGGAAAAGUUAGAUGCUUGUAUCCGUAAUCAUGACAAGGAAAUUGAAAAAAUGUGUAAUUUUCAUCAUCAGGGGUUUGUAGAUGCUAUUACAGAACUCCUUAAAGUAAGGACUGAUGCAGAAAAACUGAAGGUGCAAGUUACUGAUACCAACCGAAGAUUUCAAGAUGCUGGAAAGGAGGUGAUAGUCCAAACUGAAGAUAUUAUUCGAUGUAGAAUUCAGCAGAGGAAUAUUGUAACUGUAGUAGAAAAGUUGCAGUUAUGCCUUCCAGUGCUGGAAAUGUACAGUAAGCUAAAAGAACAGAUGAGUGCAAGAAGGUAUUAUUCUGCUCUAAAAACUAUGGAACAGUUAGAGAAUGUGUAUUUUCCCCGGGUUAGUCAAUAUCGGUUUUGUCAGCUAAUGAUAGAAAAUCUUCCUAAACUCCGUGAGGAUAUUAAAGAAAUCUCCAUGUCUGAUCUCAAAGACUUUUUGGAAAGCAUUCGAAAACAUUCUGACAAAAUAGGUGAAACAGCAAUGAAACAGGCACAACAGCAGAAAACCUUCAGUGUCACUCUGCAGAAGCCAAAUAAUGUAAAACUUUGGAAGAAUAUGUAUAUAAAUGGUAGAAUUCCAGAAGAAAGGAAUGAAACUAUAUUGAAACAUGCAUCUGAGGAAGAUGACGAGAACGAAGAGGAGGUCUUAACUGUUCAGGAGCUUGUUGAUUUUUCCCCUGUUUACCACUGUUUGCACAUUUAUUCUGUUUUGGGUGAUGAGGAAACAUUUGAAAAUUAUUAUCGAAAACAAAGAAAGAAACAAGCAAGACUGGUAUUGCAACCCCAGUCAAAUAUGCAUGAAACAGUUGAUGGCUAUAGAAGAUAUUUCACUCAGAUUGUAGGGUUCUUUGUGGUGGAAGAUCACAUUUUACAUGUGACCCAAGGAUUAGUAACCAGGGCAUACACUGAUGAACUUUGGAACAUGGCCCUCUCAAAGAUAAUUGCUGUCCUUAGAGCUCAUUCAUCAUAUUGCGCUGAUCCUGAUCUUAUUCUGGAGCUGAAGAAUCUCAUUGUAAUAUUUGCUGAUACUUUGCAGGGUUAUGGUUUUCCUGUGAACCGACUCUUUGACCUUUUAUUUGAAAUAAGAGAUCAAUAUAAUGAAACACUGCUUAAGAAAUGGGCUGGAGUUUUCAGGGACAUUUUUGAAGAAGAUAAUUAUAGCCCCAUCCCUAUUGUUAAUGAAGAAGAAUAUAAAAUAGUCAUCAGUAAAUUUCCUUUUCAAGAUCUAGACCUUGAAAAGCAACCUUUCCCAAAGAAAUUCCCCAUGUCUCAGUCAGUGCCUUAUAUUUACAUUCAAGUUAAAGAAUUUAUUUAUGCCAGCCUUAAAUUUUCAGAAUCACUACACCGGAGCUCAACAGAAAUAGAUGAUAUGCUUAGAAAAUCUACAAAUCUUCUGCUGACCAGAACUUUGAGUAGCUGUUUACUGAACCUUAUUAGGAAACCUCAUAUAGGUUUGACAGAGCUAGUGCAAAUCAUCAUAAAUACAACACACUUGGAGCAAGCUUGUAAAUACCUUGAGGAUUUUAUAACUAACAUUACCAAUAUUUCUCAAGAAACUAUUCAUACCACAAGACUUUAUGGACUUUCUACUUUUAAGGAUGCCCGACAUGCAGCAGAAGGAGAAAUAUAUACCAAACUUAAUCAAAAAAUUGAUGAAUUUGUUCAGCUUGCUGAUUAUGACUGGACAAUGUCUGAGCCAGAUGGAAGAGCUAGUGGUUACUUAAUAGACCUUAUUAAUUUUUUGAGAAGCAUCUUUCAAGUAUUUACUCAUUUGCCUACUAACAGCAAUGAUCAUGCAGCCAUGUGGGGAAAAGUUGCCCAGACUGCUUGCAUGUCAGCCUGCCAGCAUCUGUCAACAUCCUUAAUGCAAAUGCUACUGGACAGUGAGUUAAAACAGAUAAGCAUGGGAGCCAUUCAGCAGUUUAACUUAGAUGUCAUACAGUGUGAAUUGUUUGCCAGCUCUGAGCCUGUGCCAGGAUUCCAGGGGGAUACCCUGCAGCUAGCAUUCAUUGACCUCAGACAACUCCUAGAUCUGUUUAUGGUUUGGGAUUGGUCUACUUACCUAGCUGAUUAUGGACAGCCAGCUUCCAAGUACCUUCGGGUGAAUCCAAGCACAGCCCUUACUCUCUUAGAGAAGAUGAAGGAUACUAGCAAAAAGAACAAUAUAUUUGCUCAGUUCAGGAAGAAUGAUCGAGAUAAACAGAAGCUGAUAGAGACAGUCGUAAAACAGCUAAGAAGUUUGGUGAAUGGCAUGUUGCAACACACAUAGACGUCAUAUCGCUUACAUUCAGUGACACCAAAUCUGACUCAACAUUGCUCUCUAACAGGCACGAUACAGUAAUUUGCUUGCAAAAUUCAAGACUACAAUAGAGAAAAGACACGGGUGAGACCUCAAACAGGAAAUAAUAUCAUUUGUAUGGAUUUUUAAAUGAAUACUAUUUUAUAUAUGGAAAACAUGGCAUUAACUUUUUUCGCUUUUAGGGGAAAAGGCAAAAUUGUAUUACAUUUAUCAGGUAAAAAAUUGUUUAUGAAACUGAUUGUAAAUACAUUAGAAAACUUAUGCCUCUACAUGUAGUUUUUUCUGUUCAGACUUGAAUGAUCUCUGUUCUUUCAUCAGUAUCUGGGUUUGGAAUGCAAUGUCUAACAUGAAAGUAUUUCACUGUCAUUUUCUAAAUUUCAGCUUUUAUUUUCACCUCAAUGUGAUUUAAAUACAUUAAAUUUUCUAAUACUGUUUAUUCUGAGUGGGGAAUAGAUACAUCUUCAAAGCUCCGGGAAAUCAAUUUUGAUUUUACUUAUUAGGGAUGUGAAUUAUUUGUUCUCAUCCUGAAUAUGAAGAAAGGGUGUUUGGAAUCUCUAAAGAUACAAUGUUGUUUCUGUUCGGCAGGAUUAAUAUUUUUAACUCCAUUGUUUGUAGCUGACCCCGUUUUAGGAUUUAUUUGGUUUGGUUUGGUUGAAAUUAUAAGAGAGGACAGAAACUAAGUGGGCCUAACGUAGCUUGUGCUCCAGCACAUAUGUUCCCAUACACAGAAGUUAACACAGGGGUCAGGUUACUUGCUUCAAAUAGCAGAUCCCAGAACCUUGUCCCAGUACCACUGAGGACUUUGGAAACAAGCCAAACCAAAUGAACCUAAAACGAAUGUACAUUUUCCUUUGUGUAAAUUACCAUGGUCCAAAUGGUUAAAACUGUCAAUCUGAUCCUUACUUUCUCUUCAUUGUAUUUAUGCUGAAUACUCCUUUUGCAUUUUCAAGGUUUAUGCCUGUAUGAAACUUAACUCUGUAAAGUAUGUAUAAAGAAUUAUAUGUACAUUUCUUGAUUAUGUGAUGAAUAUUAAAAAGGUUGAGCAAGUUGUUAAA